GCCGACCUGUGCCGUCCUGUCCACAGGGGUGCGUGCAGUGCCAUGCCCGCAGUCUGCUGACACCGGCCCCACGUUACAUCUCUACCCGCACCACCGCCCCCACACCGCCGCCGCCCGCCACCACCAGGAUGCCGGCGACGCGUCCUCAGCUGGCCGCCGUGCUGGCCGCCGUGAUGUCGGUGCUCCUGCUCGGGGCGCAUCCCACCCUGGGCGCCGCCCUGGACCAGGGGGAGCCCACGACGCUGCCGCCCUCCUCCACGGACUCCGCGACGAACCUGACCGAGAGCUGUCAGGCGGAGCAGUCCCGGUGCGAGACCGACCUCGCGCUCCAGGCGGGCCGCGUCGGGCCGGGCCCCGUGUCCGGGGGGCGGCCCGGACGGCCCGUGUGCGGCUCGGACAACACCACCUACGACAACGACUGCCACCUCAAGCGCGUGCAGUGCGAGGGCCGCAGCGUGGAGAAGUCGCACCCCGGCAAGUGCAAGGGUGAGUCCACCACGCGCACACACAGCGGCAUCCAGGAUCAGCACGGGCGGUCGCAGCCCGCAGUCGCGCUCCGCCUGGGCCGGCCGGCAAGCUGGCCCCAAGAAUUCGGUGCUUUGCGCGGACUUGGGACGAUUUUAUGGGUCGUCUGUCACUCAGCAACGCCUCACAUGUUGGGCGUAGCGUCCAUGAAGCCACCUAGCUCGUAUUUCACCCGAGGAGGCCCCUUCCCGGACGUGCUACGCCCCGCCACCUCUGUGACUGACUGCCGGACGCGGUGGAGGGUGGGCUGGGCCAGGGCGGGCUGCCGGUGGGCCUAGACUUGCCGUCACUGCACUCCGUCGCUUUGUCCAGCAAGUCCUCAAAUACAGCGAAAAGGGGGUGUUCGUGCUCGACUCGGAAGCGAUGAUCCCUAUCCCAGAAACAGAAACGUACGGAUAAACUCGAGAAAGAAUUAUCUUCAAAUCCCUCUGCUGGGCGUCAUUCAGGUGUCAUUGAAAUGACCUCGAGGCGAAACUCUUGGAAAGCCCCACCUCGCGCGCGAGAGCCGGUGCGAAACGCGUCCCGGGGGCUGUGGCGGGCUUUGGCAGCGCUAGCCGGGGCGACUGGUGCCACGCUGUCUGG